UCCGGACUCUAUCAGUUGAAAUUGCGUUGUAAUGCUUUGAUAUUCUGGAAUUUGCUUGUGUAGAUCAUUUUGUUGUUUACGUUGAAUAUCCAGAGCCUAUCGGAUCUAUAACUAUACAUGUUGUAUUAAAUAUGUUUCGGGAUGGUGUCAUUUUGGGAACCAUGGACUGUGAGUGGAGAAGCGAUUGGGUUUUAAAUCUUGUCGGAGACUAUUCUUCACUCGGUCUCACCUCUUGUCCGAGAGCGUUGGACUGAGCGGAUCAAGCUACAGGCUGGAGCGGGUUUAUUAUUUUAUUUUCUGCAUCAAGUCAAGGUUGUUUCACUCGUUCGGGGAAUAGUUAACUAAAGCGAAAAGGAUUGAUUAUUUGUAUUAUAUAGCCGAGGUUUUGUAUUCAAAUAGCCGAGGUUUCUUUCAACUCUUCAGAAGCUGCCCAGCUUGACCGUCAGACUGACCAGCACUCAGUUGUCCAGAAAAAUGGAGGCUGUUAUUGAGAAAGAAUGUAGUGCGCUGGGGGGACUUUUCCAAAGUGUGAUAGGCGACAUGAAAAGCAGCUACCCCAUCUGGGAAGACUUUAUCAGCAAGGCUGGGAAACUACAGUGUCAACUCAGGGCAACGGUGGUUGCAGCUGCAGCGUUCCUGGAUGCCUUUCAGAAAGUGGCUGACCUGGCCACCAGCACACGAGGAGGCACCAGAGACAUUGGUUCAGCUCUAACCAGGAUGUGUAUGAGACACAGAAGCAUCGAGGCCAAGCUGAGACAGUUUUCAAUGGCUUUCAUGGACUGCCUAAUCAACCCUCUACAGGAUCAGAUGGAGGAGUGGAAGAGAGGAACCAACACUCUGGAUAAGGACCAUGCUAAAGAGUACAAGAAAGUUCGGAGUGAGAUCAAGAAGAAGUCUUUAGACACUCUAAAGCUGCAGAAGAAGGCAAAGAAAGCUGAUGCCCUGGGUCGAGGAGACAUCCAGCCCCAGCUGGACAGUGCCAUGCAGGAUGUCAGUGAUAAAUACCUGCUGCUAGAAGAGACAGAGAAACAGGCCGUCAGGAAGGCCCUCAUCGAGGAGAGGAGCAGGUUAUGCACCUUCGUCUCCAUGCUACGACCUGUCGUGGAUGAGGAGAUAUCCAUGCUAGGAGAGGUCACCCACCUCCAGACCAUAUCUGAUGACCUCAAGAUGCUGACCAUGGACCCUCACAAGCUGCCCCCCGCCAGCGAACAGGUGAUUCUGGAUUUGAAGGGCUCUGACUAUAACUGGUCCUAUCAGACUCCUCCCUCCUCCCCCAGCACCACUAUGUCCAGGAAGUCCAGUAUGUGCAGCAGUCUGAACAGCAUAAACAGUAGUGACUCUCGCUCCAGCGGCACAUCCCACUCUCACUCCCCCUCCUCCUCCUCCUCCCACUACGGCUGCCGUAGCUCCACCCUGCCCCAGCAGGCCCCGGCCCGACUGUCCUCCAUCUCCUCCCACGACUCAGGAUUCAUCUCCCAGCCAGACGCCUACACCUCCAAGUCACCAUCACCCAUGCCGCAGGAGACACUACCACGGCCUUGCUCCAGCUCUGGCUCGUCUGAGGCCUCUGAGACCUGCCAGUCAGUCAGUGAGUGCAGCUCUCCCACCUCCAUGGGCUCUGGAGGGCCUCUGGCUGCAGCUGACAAGUUGUUUAACGGGUAUGACCACUACGGGGAUCAUCAUCAUUCAGACUCUCCCUACCUGAUGGGAGGGGGUUCAGGCCUGGGUGGGUCCUACCUGAUAGGAGGGGGUUCAGGCCUGGGGGGGUCCUACCCCCUCUUCCCUCCCUCCUCCCACUCCUCCUCCAUCACCUCCUCCUCCUCCUGUCCGUCCCAGUCGUGGUCCAGGCCGGGCUCGGCCCUUCUACCUAAAUACCCUCAUUACUGCACUCUGGGGCCUAACAUGGUCCCCUCCUCUAAAGUCCCCAGCUGGAAGGACUGGGCUAAGCCAGGACCCUAUGACCAGCCCAUGGUGAACACCCUUAGAAGGAGGAAGGACAAGGAGCCUGCACCAGCAGACAUCAGUUCUGUCCCACUACCACUACCAGCUGGAGUCAUCCCAGCACCAGAGAACAGGAGUCUACCACUACUGCCACCCUACAAGGCGUGUGAGAUGGAGGCCCAUGAGGAGUUGGCCCUGGCCCUGUCCAGAGGUCUACAGCUGGACUCACAGACACAGCGUUCCAGUAGAGACUCUCUACAGUGUUCUAGUGGCUAUAGCACCCAGAGUACCACGCCGUGCUGUUCAGAGGACACCAUACCUUCACAAGUGUCAGACUACGACUAUUUCUCCAUGGGAGGGGACCAGGAGGUUGACCAGCAGGAGUUUGACAAGUCCUCCACCAUCCCCCGUAAUAGUGACAUCAGCCAGUCCUACCGUAGGAUGUUCCAGUCCAAGAGACCAGCGUCGACCGCUGGCCUACCUUCCACGGCUGGCCCCGUCAUCAUGACCCCUGGGGUCGCCACCAUCCGCCGCACGCCCUCCACUAAGCCCUCUGCCCGCCGCGGGAUCACCGGCCCCAUCCCCAUCCGGACCCCCGUCAUCCCAGUCAAGAUCCCCACCGUGCCUGGCCUAGUGGGAGGAGGAUUACCUGGGGGGCUGGGGCUUCCUGGAGGACCAGGAGUAGGGGCGGAGGAACCAGAGGAGGCCCAGAGCCCUGAGUCUCCAGCCCAGGGAGAAGAAGGGGAGCUGGGUGUACUUCCCCUGGCGUCCUGGAGUGGUCAAGCAACCACCAACCCUCCCCUGGCCCCUCACCAGCCUGGGUUCCAGUGUCAUGGCGAAGGGGGGUCCCUGGAGGAUGGGGAGGUUAUGGAUGGUCAGGGGGGAAACAUGCUGCUGGCUAUCCAGAGAGGGGUCAAGCUGAAGAGGACCAAUACCAACGAUCGCUCAGCACCGCGCAUCGCAUAAGAGGAGAGCCACAGUGGCACCAUGCAGCAUCAGAGGAGGGUAGCCUGCCUAGCUGUAUCUAGCUAGCCUACCACCUGCCCAUUGAGAGGACAGAUAGGACAGAACUCAUGUCCACUGCGCUAAGGGGGGUCUCCUGUAUAGUACUUACCGUCCACCUGCCUCACAGACAGACAGACAGACAGGACAGAACAGAACUCAACUCAUGUCCAUUCCAAGUGAUGCUGUGUGUGGUGACAGACAGAGCUCUGAACAUCAUCUCAGACGGUGCAGAAGGUGGUCUCCUUGGACAGACAGUGAAGCAGCACAGAAUUUUUAUUUUCAAGAUGAAAAACUGACAAUUAUGUUAUCUUUUAGUUCUGAAUAUGUAAAUAAUUAUGCAUGUUAUUUUCUCUUUUUUGCUUCCUGGGCCCUGUUCUGUUGACUCUAGUCCUCCCACCCCCAUUCCUCCCCCCUCAGUUCUGUUGACUCUAGUCCUCCCACCCCCAUUCCUCCCCCCUUAGUUCUGUUGACUCUAGUCCUCCCACCCCAUUCCUCUCCACCUCAGUUCUGUUGACUCUAGUCCUCCCACCUCCAUUCCUCCCCCCUCAGUUCUGUUGACUCUAGUCCUCCCACCCCCAUUCCUCCCCCCUCAGUUCUAUUGAUUCUAGUCCUCCCACCCCAUUCCUCCCCUCCUCAGUUCUGUUGACUCUAGUCCUCACACCCCCAUUCCUCCCCACCUCAGUUCUGUUGACUAUAGUCCUCCCACCCCCCAUUCCUCCCCACCUCAGUUCUGUUGACUCUAGUCCUCCCACCCCCAUUCCUCCCCCCUCAGUUCUGUUGACUCUAGUCCUCACACCCCCAUUCCUCCCCACCUCAGUUCUGUUGACUAUAGUCCUCCCACCCCCAUUCCUCCCCACCUCAGUUCUGUUGACUCUAGUCCUCCCACCCCCAUUCCUCCCCCCUCAGUUCUGUUGACUCUAGUCCUCCCACCCCCAUUCCUCUCCACCUCAGUUCUGUUGACUCUAGUCCUCCCAUCCCCAUUCCUCCCCACCUCAGUUCUGUUGACUCUAGUCCUCCCACCCCCAUUCCUUCCCAACUCAGUUCUGUUGCCUCUAGUCCUCCCACCCCCAUUCCUCUCCACCUCAGUUCUGUUGACUCUAGUCCUCCCACCCCCAUUCCUCUCCACCUCAGUUCUGUUGACUGUAGUCCUCCCACCCCCAUUCCUCCCCACCUCAGUUCUGUUGACUCUAGUCCUCCCACCCCCAUUCCUCUCCACCUCAGUUCUGUUGACUCUAGUCCUCCCACCCCCAUUCCUCUCCACCUCAGUUCUGUUGACUCUAGUCCUCCCACCCCCAUUCCUCCCCUCCUCAGUUCUGUUGACUCUAGUCCUCCCACCCCCUUCCUCCCCACCUCAGUUCUGUUGACUGUAUUCCUCCCACCCCCCUUCCUCCCCACCUCAGUUCUGUUGACUCUAGUCCUCCCACCCCCAUUCCUCCCCUCCUCAGUUAUGUUGACUCUAGUCCUCCCACCCCCAUUCCUCUCCACCUCAGUUAUGUUGACUCUAGUCCUCCCACCCCCAUUCCUAUCCACCUCAGUUAUGUUGACUCUAGUCCUCCCACCCCAUUCCUCUCCACCUCAGUUCUGUUGACUCUAGUCCUCCCACCCCCUUCCUCCCCACCUCAGUUCUGUUGACUGUAUUCCUCCCACCCCCAUUCCUCCCCACCUCAGUUAUGUUGACUCUAGUCCUCCCACCCCCAUUCCUCUCCACCUCAGUUAUGUUGACUCUAGUCCUCCCACCCCCAUUCCUCUCCACCUCAGUUCUGUUUACUCUAGUCCUCCCACCCCCAUUCCUCCCCACCUCAGUUAUGUUGACUCUAGUCCUCCCACCCCCAUUCCUCCCCACCUCAGUUCUGUUGACUCUAGUCCUCCCACCUCCAUUCCUCUCCACCUCAGUUAUGUUGACUCUAGUCCUCCCACCCCCAUUCCUCUCCACCUCAGUUCUGUUGACUCUAGUCCUCCCACCUCCAUUCCUCUCCACCUCAGUUAUGUUUACUCUAGUCCUCCCACCCCCCAUUCCUCCCCACCUCAGUUCUGUUGACUCUAGUCCUCCCACCCCCCAUUCCUCUCCACCUCAGUUCUGUUGACUCUAGUCCUCCCACCCCCAUUCCUCCCCUCCUCAGUUAUGUUGACUCUAGUCCUCCCACCCCCUUCCUCCCCUCCUCAGUUAUGUUGACUCUAGUCCUCCCACCCCCAUUCCUCUCCACCUCAGUUAUGUUUACUCUAGUCCUCCCACCCCCAUUCCUCCCCUCCUCAGUUAUGUUGACUCUAGUCCUCCCACCCCCUUCCUCCCCUCCUCAGUUAUGUUGACUCUAGUCCUCCCACCCCCAUUCCUCUCCACCUCAGUUAUGUUGACUCUAGUCCUCCCACCCCCUUGCUCCCCUCCUCAGUUAUGUUGACUCUAGUCCUCCCACCCCCAUUCCUCUCCACCUCAGUUAUGUUUACUCUAGUCCUCCCACCCCCAUUCCUCCCCUCCUCAGUUAUGUUGACUAUAGUCCUCCCACCCCCAUUCCUCCCCACCUCAGGUUCCAAGGUGCCAAAUUAUUUGAAGCUAUUGAAUGGACUGUUUUAGAUUUAUUGUGAAGAUUGUUGCAUCUUAGUGUGAGAACUAUCAGGAACACUUGGUAUGUGAACCAAUUUCAUGUUUCAUUUUCAUAUUUUCAGAUCUACAAUACACAAUAGCUCUUGUAGUAGGGUUUAUGUUAUGCUCAGUAUUUAAACUGUUUUUAAUAGCAUGUGUUUGCCAGUUAAGCAAUAAUCUCUUGGUAACAACUUACUUUUACAUUAUACUGUACAUUUCCACAAUUCAAAUGUGUGCCAUGAUGUGGCUAAUAAAACUGUCAUUAUCACCAAUACAGACAAUAAUACAGCAUAUGAGAAAGGGAAGGUUGACUUAUUAUGGGGCGGGUGAAUGGUUUACAAGGUUGAGAUGUUUUGAUUAGAAGAGAAAUAAAGGUUGCAUUUGAUUAUA